AUGAAUGUAGUAAAUACUAAAAACUGUAAUGAAUUAAUCAAUGACUUGAAAUUUAUUUGGAUAGAACAUGAAUUAGGACCGCAACGUAUGUCAUUAACACGUCAAAUUUUAAUUGGAAUUGUUUAUACCACUAUUUUUUGUACUGGCUUACUUGGCAAUUUAGCUACAUGUAUCGUCAUUGCUCGUAAUUCAUUUAUGCAUACAAGAACGAAUUGUUAUUUGUUUACAUUAUCUGUCAGUGAUUUAUUAUUGUUAGUUUUUGGUCUGCCUUUCGAACUUCAAACCGUUCUGAAUGAAUCUUAUCCAUGGAGAAUGGGGACGGUGUUUUGUCGAUUCAGAAUCUUUCUAACUGAAUUAUGUCCAUUAGUGAGUAUACUGAUAUUAACAGUAUUCAGCGUUGAACGUUAUUUAUCAAUCUGUCAUCCAUUUCGAAAAACUUUACGAUUUUCACAAUACGAUGCUGGACAUCCAUGCAAUCGUACUUCAUAUACACACAAUAUCAAUAGUAAAACAUCUCAUAGCAGUGAAAGAAUAUUAUCAAAAGUAAUGAAUUCACAAAUGAGAAACAGUAUGCAAAUCUAUUGUUUAAAAGAUCAAUCACAUUAUAAACGUGGCCAUACUCCAUUCAUGGCACAAAUCACUGCACUGAAAUCAUGUUUUUUAUUAAUUUUCUGUGUCUGGAUUAUUGGCAGUUGUUGUGCCAUAGUAAUUGCUGGAUUGUCAACAGUAUUUUAUGCUGUUACUUUGCCUACUAUUGAAGCAUUCUUAAAUAAUACAUGUACUGAUCAGUAUCACACUACAUUGAUACAAUUUUAUCGAACAUCGGAUUGUUUAUUAAACAAUGAGUUGUGGACACCAGGUGAAGCCUUACCCGAUUCCGCAGUAUGUGCACCAUCCAAUGAUUCAUCCUGGGCCGCAUAUCUAAGUAUUCCAGUCGUGUUACAACUAUGGACAUUUUUAUUCUUUUUUACUCCAAUGGUUAUAAUGUCUGUUUUGUAUGGGUUAAUGGCAAUACAAUUAAGUCAUUCGAACCUCGGUCUUCGUGCACAGACUAAGUUUAAACAUGAAAAGGGUCAGUCAUCAUCAUACAGUAUAUCGAAAACUCGUUCAUCAGGAAAUUGUCGAAGAGGUAUUGUUAGAAUGUUAGUGGCUGUUGUGGUAGCUUUUUUCAUCUGUUGGGCUCCAUUUCAUUUACAACGUGUUCUUACUUCUGCAAAUGUUGAAAUGACAUGGUUUUUCAUUGACUUCCUCUUCUAUGUAUCGGGAUUCCUUUACUACUUGAGUGCAACAGUAAAUCCGAUUCUUUAUAGUCUGAUGUCUGCAAGAUUUAGACGGGCAUUCGUUUCUACAUUUAGAAUAAAACAAACAAGGGCAGUAUUGGAAUGGCGUUGGUGUAAACCCGAGUCUCCACUGCAGUCGUUCCAGCUGUCCGAAAAUGACAAAACUGUUACAUUUCAUCCGACUAUUAGUUGGGGCACUGCUGUUGUGCGUGGAACCGUCCUUUUAACUAAUGGCAUUCACUAUUGGGAACUGAAAGCUGUUUCUCCGCUUUAUGGAACAGAUGUGAUGGUUGGAAUCGGCCGAACUUGCGCAAAAUUAGACCAUUAUACACGUGAAUUCCGUUCUGUACUUGGCAUUGAUUGUGAUUCAUGGGGAUUGAGUUAUCGUGGUGCACUUAUGCACGAUGGCCAGACGUAUCCCUUGGGGUCUUGUGCUUUCAAAAAAGGGAGCAUAAUUGGCUGUCUUCUCGAUUUGUGGCACCGUAAGCUUUAUUUCUACGUUGAUGGACAGUUGAAUCCAAACGCUUGUUUCAAUGAUCUACCAUAUGAUAAUUAUUAUCCAAUGGUAUCUUCAACCACAUUGCGAAGUGGUUUUCGUUUGAUUCGUGCAAAAUCUUAUCCAAUCACUUUGCAAUAUUUAAUAUGCCAGCAUUUAUUUCACCAGCAACAAAAACAGCCAUCAUUUUAUGCCUAUUGUAAUUUGACCACGUUAAAAUUCCCUUCUGGUCUUCGGGAGAUUUUGGGCAACACUCUACCUCAAUCACUAUUUUUCAGUCAAAUUCAGCGGUUAUCCUUCAGUUAUAACGAUGCAAAACAAACACUUUUACCUGUUGACUCACCUGAUCCUUUUUUAUGGACUAGUUUUUCUCCAUCCGAUUCAAAUAAUUUGAACAGUAAUACAACUGAUGUAAAUGAAUCCGACUUCGAGCCAUACUCUCCAGAAGAGUUCAAUUUUUCUUCUGAUGAUUUAUUGAAUGAAAAUGAGGGACCAGCAGACAAGGAAAGUGAUAGUUCUGAUGAAAAUAGUCUUACCUGCAAUGGAAUGAAUGAAAGAAGUCCUGAAAGCAGUUCUCUGUCUACAACUUCUGAAAACAAUCAAAAAAGACGUUAUCAAGCUGCUAUGUCCGCAAAUUGUGUACUAGACAGACUAUUUGUUUUGGCUGCAAAAUCUGCUAAAAGUGACAAUAAAUCAAGUGAAAUAACAUCCGAUAUAAUGCAGAAUAAGAGAAAUGGGAAUUCUGUUGUUUAUAAUCAUUUACUUUGGGGUGAAUUUAACGAGUAA